UUGUUCUCUUGUCCUCUAAGUAGGUACUCCUACCGAAAGUCGUCUUGAAUUCUAUCUACCACUUUCACGCUCACACUCUCACUCUCGCCAUCCCUCACACACCCACUCACACACACACUCUCUCUACACCGACACCUCCAACAUUAAUCUUUGAUUGCACAACGAAAUAGUUGAUCGUGGUAAUGCUCGCCACCGCUAGUAUCGGUCCUUACUUGCCAUUGUCACCCACACAUCUUGUCUGUCGAGCCAUUUGAUUUUGCUCCCACCCACCCUCCUACCACAUCUGACACCUCGCCGUCCACUGUCACUCAGUCUCGACGCGUCAACUUCACGACGCUUCUGCUCCUCGUCUCAGCCGUGCUGUCUUUUCUGUCUUCUCAUCAGCAGGUACACCACACAACCGUCACAGACCCAGACUUCGUGAGAGGUGUGAGUUUCUCUGUCCUUCUGCCACCCCCACCUCUCAUCUUCCUCCUCUUCGCGCCUGGCCUCUGCAUCCUCAACCUCCCACACCACCAUUGGUUCUCCUUCCACCUGGUCCACCAACCACCGCUUCGAAUUUCGGUUUCAAUCAUCAACCCGCCGUUAACCCAUCCCACCAUCUCCAACAAUAGUACCCAACUCUCGCAGCCUCGCUCUCGUCCUAUCGUUCUGGCCUCUUGCUGUGUUAUCGCCGUUCACCAAUCCGUGGAACCUGGGGAACCUCUCUAUCCAUCCUUCCCUCCCCACGCCAGCCAACAUCAUCCAUUGCUUUUCAACAACCCUCCCUUGUCAUGACCAUCUCGACUCCCUUUCUGACUGAAUUGUCUCAGACUGCCCUGUCCUCACUCUGAGUCCCUGCUAAACCUCUCUUUGGCCAACUUACUCUACUGCGACCUCCCUUGAAAGACCCGCUUCUCCACCUCCCCCGUUGACGCCCUCAACCCUCUACCAAACCUCUCCAAAAGAAUCUCAAUCCAUCCUCGCCCAUCUACAUGCGACACCUACCGCGUGUUUCUGUUCGCCUUUUGCUGCCGCUUGAUCAGUUGACCAAGACUUGCGAUCCAAAUCAUGGUCGCCAGCCCUGCAGGCCUCAAUGCCGACCAAGGCCCCAUCCUCGAUAAGAAUAAUAUUAUCAAUGUAAGAGAUGGAGAAUCAUUAUACCAGAUAUGUAUUAAGCUGCGCCGGCGGCUGUCUGGCGUCCCCGGCUUCCGCACCUAUAUCGAUGAAAUGGAAGAGCGCGAGGCGGAAGGCCUGACCGACCCUGUUUCCUCUCUGUGGCAAUGUUUUCGUUCGGGCUACCCCCUACUCACCAUCUUCAACGCAUCAAAUCCCGAGGACGGCGAUGUCGUUCUCCCCCCGACUCGUCCGGAAAAGGUCGGCAAAGCCGCAACUGCCUUGUUCCUCAAGUGUUGCAUGCAACAAAUGAAUAUUGCCAGUCAAGACACCUUCAUGCUCACCGAGCUAUUCUCAGACAAUACCACCGGCUUCGUCAAGGUCACAAAAACCGUCAACAAGGUAUUGGACAUCUUGGAAAUGAGUGGCAAAUUGCCCGAGCCCAAUGACAGCGAGGACUCGCGCGAAGGCACCGACAGUGGCGCCAGCCUCAAUGACCAGUCACCCAAGACUAUGACCCGCAGAAUGUAUAUCUUGAAAGAGCUCGUUGAGACCGAAAGACAAUAUGUCCACCAUUUACAGAAUCUGCAGGCCUUGAAGAAGGAACUUGAAGAGGUCGGUGCCCUCAAAGGCGACGCCAUCCACAAUAUCUUUCUGAAUCUCAACAACCUCCUGGAUUUCGCACAAAGAUUUUUGAUCCGCAUCGAACAACAAAACGAGAUCCCCGCUGAACAACAGAACUGGGGUAGACUCUUUGUGCAUUACAAGGACCCUUUUAGACAAUACGAGCCUUUUAUCGCCAAUCAGAGAAGGUGUGAACAGACCUGCCAGCAGGAAUGGGAUACCAUGGUCAUGACGACCAACUCGCCCUUAACCAAACAGAUGCUGGCCAACCCAACUAUCCUCAACGGCUUUCUCCUCAAACCCUUCCAGCGUUUGACCAAGUACCCACUUCUCCUCAAGGAUCUGCAAAGUCAGACAGAGGACCCAGUUCUCAAGGACGACCUCAACAGUGCCAUCGCCAUCAUUCAGGAUGUUCUAAUGCAAGCCGACGCCUCCAUCGACAAGGAGACCAGGGACGAUGCACUGCAGGACUUACAAGAGCGCAUCGAUGAUUGGAAGCAACUUCAAAUCACCAGUUUCGGCGAGCUUUUGCUUCUGGGCACCUUUAAUGUCAUGAAGGACAGUGGAAUGCGAUCCGACGAAAAGGAAUACCAUAUUUACCUUUUCAGUCGCAUUCUAAUCAUGUGCAAAGACGUCAACGCCAACAAGCCCAAAAAUCGCUUGGCGAAUAACAAAGCAUCGAUGAGCUUGCGUGGAAAGCCAAAGAUGAACCUCAAAGGGCGAAUCUACUUCACCAAUGUCACCGCCGUCAGCUCCCAGUCAACGCCCGGCAACUACGCCUUGCAAAUCUCGUGGAAAGGCGAACCUGCGGUGGAGACUUUCAUCAUCAAGUUCAAAAACGACGACACCUUACGCAAAUGGCAUACCAUGAUAGAGACCCAGCGAUCCUCAUGCAUGUUAGAAGCUAGAAACAGAGGAACUUCGGAUACACAGCUCCUCUCUUUACAAGGCAUGACCAUGGAAAACCCCUACCUACAGGAAGAUGAAGAAGACUACAGUCGAGUUUCCGGCACAACUUAUGGUGGCACUGAUGUUAGUGGCUACUCAGAAUUCAGCAUGAGCCGAAACGCUUCAAGUACCAGCCUCCGGUCUAGGUCGGCUACAGGCGGGAGUGGAAGCUCAGGCCCACGCAUGCGCGUUCCAACGUCAGAGAUGAAUGGGCUCUCGCUCAACACACGCGGGCUACCGAUGCAAUCCCCCCAAGAGUACCCAGCAGGCUCAUAUUUCUCGCCCAUCGAACGAGAGUCUACCAUUCACCCGCCAAUGUCAUCAAGGUCGAGCUCUCAGUCUGCAUUUGCGGGUUAUAGCCGUGGUGCAACUCCAGUCAACGGCGGUCCUUAUCGACCUGAAGAAUCCCAUCGGAACACUGCUCCAGCAAUGGCUAGAAACCCCAAUGGUCAACCUACCGGAAACCCAUACUUGAACAACGGUCGAAGUCGUGGGCCCUCUAGCGCUGGCGGCAUGGGCCCGCCUCGGAUGCGAUCUGCGAGUAGCCCAGAUGUUCAACCCAUCAUUCAAGGCCGGAAGUAUGUAUCAGGUGAACAUGCUCCAUCUGUACCACCAAUCCCGGCGCACGUAAAACAGAUGAGCGGUCCAAACCGCAGCCAAAACAAUUCCCCUAUCAAUAGACCGCCGUCGCGUGGAGGAACCCCUCAUCAGGUGUAUGGUCUUCCAACUAGCCAGCGACCAGCGGUGCAGAAUGGUUACAGCUACGAUGCUGGCUAUGGUGGCCAUGACCCCAGGAAACCGGGUCAUCAACCAUCCUUGUCACAGAGUCGACCAUUUUCUCCACCGGUGUCGUCGCCAUCCAGUGAGGGCGAUGGUUAUUUACCCAGUCAACUAAAGGCCAAGGUAUGCUUCGAUGAAAAUUAUGUGUCGAUGAUCAUCGCCACAAACAUCCAAUUCCGUUCCCUGGCUGAGAGGAUUGAUGCCAAACUCGCACGAUUUACCAGCCAUUCCAUCUCUUCAGGAUCGGUCCGCUUAAGGUAUCGGGACGAGGAUGGCGACUAUCUCUUGAUUGAUACCGAUGAUGAUGUGCACGAGGCACUCUUGGACUGGCGUGAGAAUCAGGCAUCCACUGCCAGUGCGCAGAAUGCAGAGUUACUACUCUUUGCCCACGUGGUCUCUAACAACGAACCGCCUUCUGUGACAUAAGAGUGAUUGUCCUCUGCAAAACAGCAACACUGAGUAGAUGAACCCCAGUACUCGGUGACGAGGCGCUGUCCCAGCAACUGCCAGCGCUGCCCAAUGCAUGACCGGUAGAUUAUCGAUUCAUGCAAGGUGGCAACAAAAACAAAUUUGAAAGGAACGUUCGACAUGAAGAUUACGAAAUGACGGUUAAUGAGGUUGGAUAUGACAUUAUAAGCCCUGAAAGGGUUCGAUCAGUGGUGAUUUGACCAUGGCUCGCAGCGAGACCAUGGAGAGGGAAGGCGUCGGGGCGUGAAUGUGAACGUGAACGGGCACAACACGGCACGGAAAUGGGAGUUGAUGGAGUUUUUACAUUGCAAUAGCAGGAGGCAGGGUUGAAAAGUGUUCAAGCAUGGCGGACGGUGGGCAGCGGACCUUGGCGCUGGCGAAUUGAGAUGGAUGGCAUCGCAUGGUAUGCAUGGUCUUUGUUCGUUCUUCCAUCCCAUCAUCCAUCUAUCCACCUUUGGCAUUCUCAAUCGCAUCCUCUCUGCUUUUCCUCCCUCGUUCCAGUCGGUCUAUCAGAAACUUCUUGCCUUUAGUGGAGCAUUUGGAAAGCAGUGUCUACGCAACAUGUGACCUCGUACUAGAUAGCUUGCUUGUGUAAACAUGAACAUGGCCCUUGAUAAAACGCAGUUAUUUUUCUCAAUUGGUCUUGUC